AUGGACGCUCUUUUGGAAACGAAGUCACGCUGGACAGGUCGCGAUUCUAUUUGCCUGGGCCUCGCGGUGCUUGCUGCUAUCAACGUAAUCAUGUGCCUGUGGGUGGCAGCUACUUCCAUGUCAAUGGCGCGACGCCAAGCAAGUGAUGUCUUUUUAGCUGUGGAGAAAGCUUCGGUGAUUGAGUUUAACCUUACGAUGCAGCCCACGACCAGUUCUGAGUCGGUCAUUAGUGUGACCGGGCAAUUGCAGCCUCGUCUUUCGAAGUGCUCGCAACGACUGUACUUCAAUGGACGCAUGACCGUAACGACGUCAAAUGCUACCGAGGUGUUCGUGUUGAUGAACCACCGGGGAUACCGUCAUCUGCGCGAUGCAAGCAGCACGGACGCGACUUGUUUGACGCCUCAGGACAUUCCACCGCUGCAUACGCUACCCGAUACCGUCAACAGUGCAUUCCGACCGUCAGUUUACGAGGCGUUUGCAGUCGAUUGCACUCCGCUGCAGUUCACGUUCUAUGACACGCCAUUCGUCGUGUGCGCGGAAGAUUGGCUUCGCGCGACGUCGUAUUCCCAGCAUUCGAUGCUUUCAACGAGCAAUGCCGAGCAACCGAGGCUCGGGUCUGAUCCGGUGCUGGUCGUUCAUGGCAAGAAGUCGACGAUUAGGCUUCUCAUGUUGAACAACUCCGAGAGCUUUCCGGUCGGUGCUGGUCUACCAUCUGAAUCGUUUGAUCACUGCGAGUAUCUCGAAGCACCAAUGACUUCAGGCGAGUCGUGCUCGAAUCGGACACUUCGAUGCCCUAGCCCCCACGCUGAUGCUUGCAAGAAGCAAGGGGUCCAUGAAGCGUAA